AUAUUUCAAAUACACCGUUUGUUAUUUGUUUUAUACUGUGUUUGUACUGUGUUUAAAGUUUUGAACUUGAUAUAAACUUUGUUGAUACUUAAAUGUCGAAUUAUGUUAACCAUUAUACGGGUCUAAUAAUACGAAAAAGUACAUAACGAUGGACCAGUCAUAUUCAGAAAGUGAUGUUUCGAUAUCCCCGUCUCAGAUUUUAGAUCGUUUGCAAGUACUGAGACAGUUACAAAUUUUACAACGCGGCAAACUGCAAAAGCACCGUCUACAUUAUGAAAAUUCGCCUGAAAUAUCUUCUAGCUUAACUGAAAUUGUAAGUCAUUUUAGUAACAGUACGAGCUAUAACACUUUUAGAAGUUUGUUGCAAUCUACUCAAGAAAGUCACGAUGUAUCGCCUUAUAAAAAUACAAAUAAUUUAUCAGAAAAAGAUAAUUUGCAAAAUGUUAUAGAAGGUGUCUCUGUAUUAAACUUGUCUGAUGAAUCGGAGUUCAUUGCUAACUCUGUGUCAUCUAGAAAUUCAAGUUCACCUAGAGUAGAUCCUAAUACGGAAAAAUGCCCCGAAGAAUUAGAACACAACCCAUCCAAGAAGCAAAUAUCGUUAGAUGAUAUGCCUAUACUUUCUCCAAAAAAAGAUUUCGAAACGCUAAUUGCCGAAAAACUUAAAAAUGAAAAGUGUGUAACAAAAGCAGUGAAUACAGUACCACAUGCUAAGAAAAAUGUCAAAAAGCCCUUUCUUAGAAGAGGUGAAGGUAUGGCACGGUUCGGUCUUCAGAAAAAUGAUUUAGUAAUACAAAAUACUAAAUCACUACCCUGGAAAAGAAACAAAUCAACUACUAAUAAUGUAAGUACAACUGCGAGUACAGUCACCACUAAACCUAAAAUUAAGAUAGCUAAAACUCGGGUUGAUAAGAUUCCAAUACAAAUAUUAGAAAAAGAUACCCAAUCAAAAGAUUUAGCUUUAAAUAAGUGUGUAGCUUUAAAUAAGCGUAGUCCUACUAAUUCACAUGAAAAAGUAACUUUAAAAGUGGGUACUUGUAGAGCUGAAGAAAUUACAAAAGUAACACCAAAAAAUAAAGAAACUGAAAAUUCAGUAAAUAUAUCUAACAAUAAUUCAUCAUCCAUAAAUACAUUAGAAUCAAGCUCUAAUCUCUUACAAAUAAAUAAACACCAGAGCACUAGUAAAGGUAAUACAUGGGCAUCUGUGUUUACAAAAGAACAAGGUGAUUUUCUAAGACAGUUAAAACAAAGUGAAUAUUACAAAAAUUUCACUUCUCCAGCAAAAAGUACAGUAUCUGAUGUAAGUUGUAAUGAAGAGAAUUCUAAAUUAAGUCAGGAAAAAGAAAUGGCUGAACAAAAUUUGUUUGAACUUAUUGAAAAUAAAGUUAUGCAUGAAAGUUUUAAUAUAAAUAAUUCCUUCUUUAAUCGUUUCUUGAAGAAAGCGAACAUGGAAUGUUCCGGAGAAAGUACUCCUCUAGUGAUGCAAAAAUGUUUGUACAAAAACCCUAAUUUAAUGCAUAUAUUACCUUUAGAUUCAAGAAAAAGGAGUGAUACCACUUGCAGUGAAUCUGAAACCUAUACCAGUGAAUGUACUGAUUGCAUUGAAAACUGUUCUAUGGUGUCCAGCUGUUCUUGUCAAACUAAGCAAGGUAAUGUUUCUGUUACUUGUGUUGAGGAAGAGAAUGAUAAAAAAUGUGGAAAUGCAAAAGGGCAACCAAAACUGGCUAAAGAAAAUACAAAAGAAAAAGAUGAAAGUCACAAUGACACACUGACAGCAGAAAAUGAAAUGAUCAAGUCUAAUAUGGCAGAGAUGAAUGCUAAAUUAAUAGCAACAAGUGAGCUCUUAAAAGAUAGAUUGAGAGAAUUAGAAGAUGAAAUUGAAACAUUUAGAAAGGAAAAUAUCAAUUUGACCAAAAUGCGAGAAGAGGUUGAUAUGGAACGUCAAAAAUUAUAUGAAGAAAAAAAUGCAUUUGAACAAAAAUUCAAUGAAGAAAAAAUCCUGUCUGAGUACCAUUUAGCUGAAGAAAAGGAGAAACUUAAUAAACUAAAACAAAUGUAUGAAAAGUAUGUGAGGGAAAUGAGGGGUAGAUUAAGUAAAAAGGAAAAAGAUGAAGUGGUUAACUUGAAAAAAGAAAUUCAUGAUUUGAAAGAAGAAAUAAAAUUAAAAGACGCCAAAUCAACUUCAAUCAUAGCACGACUUCGCAAUCAAAUUAAAAUUAUAGAAAAAGAUAAAAAAAACCUUGAAGAUGAAGUAGAAAAGCUAAAAAAAGAAAAUAGGCGCAUACAACACAGUAAUGAAAUAACGCGGCGAGUAACUAAUAUAAAAUAUUUAGAAGAAAUUAAUAAAAAACUUUCAAAUAUGACUUCAAAAGAUUCCCGAUCAAAUGUAGAAUUAGACUCAAACAUAAAAUAUAAGGCUUUUGAAAUUGAAAGACAAAGCAGAGUUAGAAAAAGUCAAGCUGUUCCCAAACGUAAAUUAAUACAAAGAGCAAAAAGUGUACCAAACUUGCAUGUUACUUCUAGAUAUGCUAAAUAUUUUAGUCAAAAAGAUUCAAUUAGUGAUAGAGAGAAAAACAAGACAUUAUAUAAUGAUACUGAAUGCAACUUGGUAUCAUAUGCUGAAGAUGUUCUUUCCAAUGGUAGCAAAAGCCCAUUGAAUAAUUCUGAACUAUCAAAUAAUAAUUCAGACAGUGAAGAGGACAAUAGUUUAGAAAAAAUAUACAAUGAAAGAUUUAAGUCCAUCUCGCCAGGAGCAUCAUCUAGUAAAACAGUGCAAACGGAAAAUUUAAAUAAGCUUUCAGGUGGCUCUAGUGAACACAUUAUUGAAAAAACAUCUAGGAAAUCAUCUCAAAAAUCUUUAGAUAAAAGUUCUACAUCUGACAUGCUAUACAAUUCAUAUUCAAGAAAUUCUAAAUCCCCAGCGGUACCGUAUAGUAAUAGAUCGUCUCAUGAUUCUAAAUCACCAUCAAAUUUUUUCACCGAGAAUCGUAACCAUUCACCACACAAUGAUAUUGAUAUUCGUCAUAGAAAUAAAUCGCCAGUAUCUAGUUUAAGCAACCAUUCCUCUUCUAGUCACAAAUUAGGAACUGUUAUAAAUAAUGUCUAUUGUGAACGCCUCAUCCCCAGUCCGGAACCAACAUCAAGUAAAUCAAGCCUAUCAAAGACUAAUUUAAAUCCAACAGAAAUAAAAAAACCCGAUGGUACAAGAGAGCUCAGAUUUCCAAAUGGUAAUGUUAAAAUCAUAUCUGCUGAUGGAAAAUAUAGUAAGUUUGUAUAUUAUAAUGGUGAUAUAAAAGAGAACUUUUAUAAUGAAGGCAGAGUAAAGUAUUUUUAUGCUGAGACGAAGACAUAUCAUACAACCCAUCCCGAUGGCUUAGAAGUACUGGAGUUUCCUGAUGGCCAAGUUGAAAAGCGGUAUAAGGAUGGCUCUUCAGAAAUCAAAUUACCAAAUGGAAGUAUUCGUUAUUUUGAUCCUAAAAAUGAACAUGUGCGUGAGGAAUGGCGUUUCCCAGACGGUUCUUUUCUUACAGUCUCGGCUAAUGGAGAACAACGCAUAGUCUUCGCUAAUGGACAAGUAGAAGUACAUGCAGAGGAUCAUAAGCGACGAGAAUUCCCUGACGGCAGUGUCAAAUUAAUCUACAAUGAUGGCACAGCAGAAACGCGUUAUGCAUCUGGUCGAAUAAGAAUUAAAGACAAACAUGGAAAUCUUAUUAUGGACUCUGCUCCUGGUUGA